GGAAAAAAUAAAGGCAAGGAAAGAGACUCAGAGUCUGUCAACAUAGCGGGUUCAAGUCGCCAUCUUGGUCCUCGGCCUGUUUUUGAUAUCUCCGGUUCCAGCCGCCGAGUACCAGCCACCCAAACCUGGGACUAUUGCAAGGCUGCUUGCUGCAUGCAGUAAACCUGCAUCGGAUAGCUGUCAUCGUCACGUUCAAUCGCUUAUCGCACAUCAUUGAAAUAGCAACAUUCUUUUUCUUCCUUCUUUUUUUUCGAGGCUUAAUUUGCUUGCCUUUAGUCCUUGGGCCCUCAACCGUCCCGCCUGAAUGUGAGGAAAACCGUCCUCCCAGCCUCCCUUCGUUAACGUUUCCAACGGACCAUAGUGGUGAAUUUUUUCCCUCGUUAUUUUUGAUCGGUCCAGAAAAACCUUCAAAUUAGUUUUCUACAAUGAACGGUCCCGAUCCUGUGGCCGUGAAUGAACAGGUUGCGCCUAAGAAGACGACUGUAUCAGGCGGCAAUGGACCCGUUGGGUGGAAAGACUUGCCAAGGAAGAACCAGCUUGCCGUGAUAGUUCUUGCUAGGCUGGCGGAGCCUUUGACGCAGACCUCCCUCAAUGCCUACCUAUUCUACCAAGUGAAAUGGUUCGACCCGACGCAGACAGCUGCCCAAAUUGCCUGGAAGGCAGGUCUACUGCAGAGCAGCUUCACGGGCGCACAGUUUCUCACGGCCAUGGCCUGGGGCCGCAUCGCCGAUUCGAGUGCUUUUGGGCGCAAGAGGGUCAUUCUUUGCGGCCUUUGCGGAACCUUCUUGUCGACCGUUGGCUAUGCUUUUUCCACGACCUUUACCAUGGCGCUAAUCUGCCGGAUAGUGGGGGGUAUCACGAAUGGUAACGUCGGCGUUUUGAGAACCAUGAUCAGCGAAACCGUUCGGGAGAAAAAAUAUCAGUCGCGGGCCUUUCUUUUGCUCCCCAUGACUUUCAAUAUAGGCGUGACUGUAGGGCCAAGCAUUGGCGGCAUUCUGUCAGACCUGGCUGGAAGCUACCCAAAUGUAUUCGGCAAGGUUCCCCUAUUUGUCAACUUCCCAUACGCAGCGCCUAAUUUAUUCUCUGCUUGCAUCUUGUUUUGCGGCAUCACAUUCACUUGGCUCUUCCUAGAAGAGACUUUGGAUAGUCGUCUGGAUAAAAGAGACUUGGGUCUUGAGAUAAGGAAAAAGAUCUCUGGGUUCUUUACCUCCUUAGGCUUAUUCUCAAGAUGCGGAAAGGCUGGUUACGAGAGAAUUGCAUCCAGCCCAGACGAAGCCGAGUUCAACGACACGGACCCUGAAUCGUCGAGUGCGACUCUGAUUGAGAGCCGGCGAUCAUCGCUAGAUGAUUCUAAUCUGGCAGCCCAACAGCCGGAGCCCCCAAGACGCCCGAGAUACACGCAGCGCCUGCCUUUCGGUCGUAUCUUUACGCGCAACGUAGUUGUUACCCUAAUGGCUCAUUUCCUGCUUGCAUUCCACAUGGGAACUUUCAACUCUCUCUGGCCGGUCUUCCUCUCGACACCAGCUUUCGAUCCCUCUCUGCCAACACCACCCGGCAGCCUACCUCGGCGAUUGCCUUUCAUUUUUACCGGCGGUAUUGGUUUUUCAUCUCAGCAAGUGGGCCCUGCAAUGUCUAUACUUGGAACCAUUGGGAUCCUCCUCCAGCUCUUGGUGUAUCCAAAACUUUCAGCCAGGCUCGGAACGACCACCUCACUACGGAUAUUUCUCACCUGUUUCCCGGUUGUUUACUUCACCGUUCCUUUUCUCAGCCUCAUUCCAAGCGCGGACAACUCUCCAGGCUCGCACACAAAGACAGGCCCGGCGAUUUGGGUGGCUAUCACGGCAAUCAUAGGGUUGCAUGUUCUGGGAAGGACCUUUGCGCUUCCCGCACAAACGAUACUUAUCAACAAUUGUUCACCACACCCGAGCGUCCUUGGCACAGUCCAUGGAAUUGGCCAGACGGCAAGCUCGGCUGCGCGUACCCUGGGGCCUGCUCUGGGCGCGCUAAUUUUUGGUAUUGGUCUUGAGAAGGGUAUUGUGGCUACCGCGUGGUGGUUUCUAAGCGGAGUUGCCAUUCUUGGCUUGUCGGCCACCUGUCUGUGGGUUCGUGAAGGUAAUGGUCACGAGAUCUGGCUUGAGGGCGACAAUGAGGAAGAAAACUGAUACAGGGUGGAUGAGCAGCCUGCAAAUAUUGCUGCUCAGGCUCGGCGACAAAAAUCUGCUUUAGAGAAUCAAAGCAUUAGAAUGUGAUUAUAUGGACCAAAGCAGAGUCUUUUACUAUAAUGAGAAAGCACAAUGUUGUCCCACACAUACGACCAUACCCACUGGAGUAUACGGGAUCCUGUCCGCUUUCCCCUAAUUAAUCCAGUGAGGGCAAAAGUAG